AUGCUGCGAGUUCCGAAACUUCCGGCGGAAGCCUGGGAUUCGCACGUCCAUGUUAUCGAUGAGGAUGAAUUUCCUUUUAGUCCAAGCCGGCCAUUUACGCCAAAGAGGGCUAACGUGAAUGAUCUUGUCAAGUUCGAAGAUGGCCUUGGCAUCAAACAUGCAGUUAUUGUGGCUGCAUCGAUAUACGGCAAUGACAACCGAAGCAUAAUCGACGCUCUAAAUCGUAUGCAGGGCAAAGGGCGAGGUAUCGCCUGUAUCGACCCCGAAGCGGUUACUGAAGAGGAGCUUGACGAACUUCACCAGGCAGGGGUUGUCGGCGUCCGUCUCAACUUGUGGAGCUUUGGCGCGACACCCGAUAAAGAAUCUUUGAGGCUUACAUUGAACGCCCACGCAGACCGAAUUCGAAGCCGAGGAUGGGUUUUGCAAAUCUUUGGGACGAUGAAUCAGUAUCCGGACAUCUUGUCCAUAACUCCAACUUUGGGAGUCGACGUAGUGAUCGAUCACCUCGGCUAUCCCGACCCGGCAAAUCCACGAUUAGAUCCAGCGGGGAGGCAGGCUAUUUUGCAAGCUCUACAUUCCGGUCAUGCAUGGAUUAAACUAAGCGGGACUUAUCGGUUCCCGACAACACCAGGUCUAGACGAAUAUGUCAGAGAGUUGCUCCAGACAGCUCCAGAAAAAAUUGUAUGGGCGAGCGACUGGCCUCAUGUCGGCGGGCCUCCGAAAAACCCUGGUGGGGACAGGUUUCAGCAACAGGACUUCUUAACUGUUGACAUUCCGAGUUUCAUUGACCGCUGCAUUGAAUGGUGUGGAGGUGACAAAGAGUUGAUAGAGAAGUUGUGGGUUCACAACCCGCGACAUCUUUGGAGGUAUGAAGGCAAGGAUUGA